AUGAAGUUAAAUUUUGAUUUUCAAGGUGUUUUUAAAAGUAUAAACUUGAAAGAGAAUUUUAAUUUUCAUAAUUGCAUAUCUGCAUAUAAAAAUAUUAAGAGCUAUGCGGCAAAUGCAUUCAAAAGCUGUGAAGAUGAUAUUAGCUUAUUUCUGGAAGGAAAGCCCUUUGUUUUAUCAAACAUUAACUACAAUGAAAUAGGAAAUAAAUUAAUUAAGGUUAGGAAGAAUAUUGAAAAUGGCCUUAAGGGUGGUAAAGGAGGUUUCGGAGCAACAAUUAAGAGCCAGAAGAGAAAAGUGAAUGUAAAGGAGUUAACUGUUGGUCUUUGUAGAGACCUAAAGACUGGGAAACGUAUCAAAGACUUGAAUAAUGCUAAAGAUAAUUCGGGAAGUAAAACCAAGGAUAAUACUGUAGUGAAGAACUGCAGUUCUGUGACUAAUAGCAAUACCGUUAGCUCUAAAACUUCCGAAAGUUCAUGUUCUAUAAUUAACUAUGAAAAUGAUUUACCAACUCAAUACCAGUCGCAUAUUUUGAAUUUAGAGGAUAAAUGGAAAAAUAUCUCAAGCUCUGUUGAUUUUGGCAUGAAAAACAUGAAUAAAAAAGUUGAUGUUUAA